UACCGCCGCUGCACUUCGCUCUGGCUUCACAUUACCGACUGAUUACGAACGGGAACGCUCAUAAUCCCGAGUCAUGCUUCCCGGGGUCGGUGUGUUCGGCACUAGCCUGACUGCCAGAGUCAUCAUACCGCUGCUGAAGAACGAGGGCUUCGCCGUCAAAGCUCUGUGGGGCCGCACGCAGGAGGAGGCGGAGGAACUGGCCAAGGAAAUGAACGUUCCCUUCUACACCAACCGCAUCGACGACGUGCUGCUGCAUCAGGACGUGGAUCUGGUCUGCAUCAACCUGCCGCCGCCGCUCACCAGACAGAUCGCUGUCAAAACCCUGGGUAUUGGAAAGAAUGUCAUAUGUGACAGAACCGCCACACCUCUGGAUGCCUUCCGGAUGAUGUCAGCAGCCCAGUACUACCCCAAGUUGCUGAGCAUUAUGGGAAAUGUGCUACGUUUUUUGCCGGCGUUUGUUCGAAUGAAGGAGCUCUUAGAGGAAGGGUACAUCGGGGAGCUGCUGGUCUGCGAGGCCCAGGUCCACAGUGGAAGUCUCCUGGGGAAGAAAUACAACUGGAGCUGUGAUGACCUGAUGGGAGGCGGCGGCCUGCACUCGGUUGGAAGUUACAUCAUCGACCUGCUUACGUUUCUGACGGGACAGCGUGCGGCCAAAGUCCAUGGAUUCCUGAAGACCUUUGUCAAACAGACGGACCACAUCCGGGGCAUCCGUCAGAUCACCAGUGAUGACUUCUGCACAUUCCAGAUGGUACUGGAGGGAGGGGCUUGCUGCACAGUGACGCUCAACUUCAACGUUCCUGGAGAGUUUCGCCAGGAGGUGAUCGUGGUGGGGACAGUUGGACGGCUAAUGGUCACAGGGACGGACCUGUACGGACAGAAGAACAGCGGGGGUGGAGGAAGUGGUGGUGGCCCCGAAUUGCUGCUCAAGGACACCACGCCUCUUGAGAAGGCUUCUUUACCGGAGAAGGCCUUCAGUGACAUUCCGGCCCCUUAUCUCACUGGGACAAUCCGCAUGAUCCAAGCUGUGCGGCAGGCCUUUCAGGACCAAGAUGACCGGCGGACUUGGGACGGGAGGCCUCUGACGAUGGCUGCCACCUUUGAGGACUGCCUCUAUGCGCUCUGUGUGGUGGACACCAUCAAGAAAUCCAACCAGUGUGGAGAGUGGCAGAACAUUGUGGUGAUGACGGAGGAACCAGAGGUCAGCCCAGCAUAUUUAAUCAGUGAGGCUAUGCGGCGGAGUAGGAUGUCCCUUUACUGUUAGCAUCCAGCUCACAUUUAAAACUGCAGGUGCUGCUGAAAAAGCCACAGUAUGGUUGGAUCCUUCUUUUUUUUUUUCAUAUCGCGACAGAGUUCAAUUCUUUGAUGAAUCACUGGUUUAUUUUGAGACUGUCAAGUAAGUCUCUGUUGUUACAGUUACACCACUUCCUUAUUUAUGAGGAAGUCCUCGUCCUCGAGUCUUUCUGAGGAGACUAAUAUUUGCAGAUGUUUCUUGAAAGACAAGACACAGUCGGAUCAGGGAGAGUAAAAUGAACGUGUCGGUAUUGUUGUCACCUCUGCUCCUGUUCACGACUGGGUCUGGACGUCAACACCUUACACUGUGGGUCCAAACAAGGACAGCCAAGGAAGAAUGACAGUACUCUCCAAACUGUGCCGCGUCAUUGUUGCUAUAAUCUGAAAUACCUGCUAGUUUCAUCACGUGAAUGUUUAAAAAAGAAAAUGCUUGAUGUCUGCUCUGUAUGCUUCUUUUGUUUGUGUGAAACAAGGGAAAAGAUCCAUAGUUUGGCUGGUGGGAGGUCGCAGAGGUUAACCCUCUGCUUUAUGUAUGCAAUGUUAUAUUCAAGUCUUUGAUUAAUCUUCCAGCCAGGAUUCCAGGGUAAAAGUGCCCAUUCAGAACUGGUAUUAACAUCCAUCCUAAGUGAUCCAAUCACAUCCAGAUCACGCUAAGUACAGGCCUAAACGUCUGUCCGUUUUUUUUUUUACACUAAUCAGUCAUACGUUGCUUUAUUUGCAUCCAUGGCCACAAUAUUAACACUUUUUUUUCCCGAGACGAGCUUUGCUUCACUCAUCUCCUUCACAAUUUGGUGCAGUCAAAAACUUCAUUUUAUCAUUAUUGUUUCAUAGGAUCUGUAUUUGAAUAAAGGGGCGGGGGAGGACACUAUGUCCGAGUUCAUGUUUAAAUGCCAGGUGUGAACAGUUCUACUUAAGCCCAUCUACAUUACAUAUAGGUCUGAACUCGGCCUAUAGCAUGUAUGCACGUGUUGUGUCAUGUCUUGAUGCAGUUACAGCGGACUGUGAAUCCGUUAGUCAUACACCUGUUUGAGAGUUUUAUGCUUUGUUUGUCCUUGUGAAGCAUAGCCACGCAAUAUUUAGACUGAAAAGUGAUAACUCCUUGCAGGUUGCAAGUAAAUACUAAAACACGUGGCAGUUUUAUCCUCAUAUUGCAAUACAACAAAGUUUCCUGCUGCUGGAGGCUGGUGUCAUUUAGUGUGUGGCAUGCAUUAGAAAUAUACUUUAACAUGCAAAGUGACAUGCUGACGUAUCAAUGUGUAGUGCAUGUAAGACUGGGAAUUUGCAGGCAGUUAAAGGAAUGGUUCAACAUUUCUUUGACUUGCAGACACGCGUUAAAUGCUGUAGCUGGUGUUAUUCUUAAUGUCAGUGUCAAAAAAUCCCGUUAAAAGUAAACCAAUGUUUAAAGUCAGGACUUUCUGACUUUGAUCAAAGAUGGAGGCUGCAGCAAAUCACUGUUUUUUUUAAAGACCAAUGGGUGACAUCUGUGUUUAAUGUGAGCAAUGUCGCUGGAGAAACCCGUGUUUUCACUGCCACGACUGUGCACCAUGUCCUUAUUUUCUUUAUACAUGCAGUACACUUGCAGCCUCACGUCCAUGAAUACUAGGGAUGUCCCGAUACAACCUUUUCACUUCCGAUACGAUACCGAUAUUGCAGCCUUGAGUAUUGGCCGAUACCGAUAUCAAUCCGAUAUCAGCAUGAAUCAUAAAUACUUUAAUGACUCAUUUUGUAGUGUGGAAUGUUAGAAUAGGCUUGAUCAAGUGAUAUUACUUAAACAGAGAACAAUAGUCAGCAACAGUAGGUAUGAGAAAAACUGACCAUUUAUUAGUAACCAAUGGGUUACAUCAAUUUUAACCUUCAACGUGAGAAUAUUUGA